AUGUGGACGAAAUUGUUCGUGUUUUUGUGUUUGAUUACUGUAGCAAGCGCCAGGACAAAGUGGGAAGUCAGAGCUGAGGGCAGAGUGCUUUGCGAUGGAAGCCCGGCAAAUGCGACCGUUUCUCUCAAGGAAAUCGACCGUAGGUCCAACGAUGACAUGUUUCCAAGAAAUAUGUCACAAUGAUGCCGGUUAAAAAUGUGCCAGAUGUAUAAACAACGGCUAUAUAUGGCUGGGAGUACUUUCUAAAUUACCCACAAAAAAAGGUUCAAAACUUGUGCAAAGCGCAAGUUGGAUGAUUUUUCUGGAUUUCUCAAGAUUUUUCAGCGGCGAGAAGGUUUGUAGGGCCCAUUUUUUUUGAUACGCUCUAGGAAGUACUCCCAGCCAUACAGAGCCGCUGUGUAAACCACUAGCACAUCCUAAGCCGGUGUCAUCGUGGUACAUUUUCUGAACACAAAAAAUUUUGCAAAUCCCGGGCCCUAUGUCCAUUUAAAUUUGACGGUUUCCUGUUUUCAGCCCUCCAAGACGACCUUCUUCAACAAACCACCACCGACGACCAUGGACGAUACUUCUUGCAUGGCGAGGAAACGGAGUACACACAGAUCAGACCCUAUCUGGUUGUUGAGCAUCACUGCGACGGUAGGUUGUGUUGAUCGUCUUCUCUCACUGACUGAAUUUUUCCAGGCAAGUACGAGAGGGUCAGACAUGACAUUCCAUCCUAUUUCGUCUACGCACAGGAACAUGAGGGCCAUCCGAUUUUCGUAAAGCAUUUCAGUUUCAAUCGGACAACCCAACCUACAACACGUCUUCCGUAA